AUGCCGAAAAGGAAAUCCACCCACGCCGAGUCUGAGCCUGAGCAGGCGACGCGUCGACGUUCCUCGCGGUUGAGCAAGGGUGUAGAGCCAACUGAGGAAGUUAUGGCGCCGGUGAAAGAAGAGAAGCCCCAAGCACUUUCUACUGGGAAGAAGGGCGGGAGGAAACCAGCUGCUGUGAAGGAAGAGGAGGAGAAUGAGGAGAAGAAAGUGGAGCCUCCCACCACCACCACCACCACCACCACCACAGACACCCCAGCCCGACAAUACUGGCUCCUCAAAGCCGAACCCCUCCCCCGUCUUGAAAACGGCUACGACGUCCACUUCUCCAUCGACGACCUCGCCGCCCGCACCUCCCCCGAACCCUGGGACGGCAUCCGCAACUACUCAGCCCGCAACAACCUACGCUCGAUGCGUGUUGGCGAUCUUGCCUUUUUCUACCACUCCAACUGUGCCAACCCAGGCAUCGUGGGCGUCAUGGAGAUUGUGCGCGAAGCCGAGGAAGACUGGACGGCUGUUGACCCAAAGGCUGCUUAUUUCGAUCCAAAGUCUAAAAAGGCCAAGGAGGAGGGCAAAGAGAAUCCGUGGAGUUUGGUGCAUGUGGAGUUUAGGGAAAAGUUCGAGAGGGAAUUGGGACUGAAGGAGUUGAGAGAGUGGGGAAAGGGGGGAGGGCCGUUGGAGGGAAUGGAGUUGUUAAGGCUGGGGAGGUUGAGUGUCAGUCGGGUUGGGGAGGAGGAGUGGGAGUUCUUGAUGGACAAGGCUGGGGGGAGGACGGGGAGGUGA